ACGUGAGAAGCAGCACACAUUAUCUUGAUAAGCGUCUAAAGAUGGAUUCCGAUUCUUCAAACCUCUCCGAUGUUUAUCAGCGUUAUUGCGAAGAAGAACAAGAAGAGAUACAGCUUACUGAUGAAUCUUCAGAAAGUUCGGAUGGAGUCGGCGCCGGAUUCGGCCGCAGAGCAGGAGGAGUCGGACGGGGAAGGGCAAGUGUAGCCCGUAGAGAUGUAGGGCGAGGAAGAGGAAGGGGAAGAGUAGGAACAAGUGAAGUAGGAAGAGGAGCAGGAAGAGGAGCAGGACGAGGAAGAGGAAGAGGAAGCAGCGUCGUCGGCAGAGGGACAGGCAGGGUUGGUACAAGUCAAGGUGGUCUAGAACUGGAAGGAACAGAAGGCGAAGGAACAGGAAGGCACGAUGACAUCGAAGGCGAAGGAACAGAAAGCCGGGAAGGAGACACCGAAGGAACAGAAAGCCAGGAAGGAGACACCGAAGGAACUGAAGGAGGUCGUCGCGGAAGAGGCACAGGGAGAGGAAGAGGUGGGAGAGGAAGAGGUGGGAGAGGAAGAGGUGCGAGGGGAAGAGGUGCGAGGGGAAGAGCAGCAAGGGGAAAUGGAGCAGCAGAAAGACAACAGAUCGAGGUUGCACGGAUAGAAGCCUUGCGCAGAGAUAGAAGAGACAGGUUGAAGAGAGAAGUAAAAGAAAUGUCGCGCGAAGAGCUUGAAGACAUCGUCGUCAGGCAAAUUGAGAGGGAGCCCGGACUAAUCAUGGACGUGAUGACCUGUGCAAGGAAUGACUCGCCACCACCAUCCCCUGGCAGACCCAACGAGAUACCACAGUGGUGUGUAUGCGGAAACUGCACACCCAAACCCACAGAUCGGGAAAAUUUAUGCUGUGGCUUCCGCCCAGAAGACUGCCUGACCAGGCACGGGACUUUCGCUCUAAUAAUCGACGAGAACAGCCUAGCACUUCAGCAAGCGAUGUGGAAUGACGCUUUCAACCUUGGGGAGCCAGCUGAGGAAGCAGGGCAGGCGAAUAAAGGCUUGCGUCAUAUUGCCUACAGAUGUGUUAUAUUUUGGCAACAUGGGAGACUGGGAGCAGGAAACAGAAGGGUAGUGCCUGCAUGCUGUGUUGAUAUCAUUCACGGACGAUACCCUUCCCCCAAUGGUUUUUACACAGGACACAUCCCUGGUAGAUUUGUGUAGUUUACUUUCAUAAAGUGUUAAUAAUACCUUUUGUUGCAAGUACAUUAUUAUAUAUAUAUCCCUUUUUUUUCUAUUUUUUCUGAAACUUGCUUUUAAAUUUUGUACCAGGAAAGUCAAUGUGCGAAAAAGUUGACCAGCACUCUAUAAUUGCACUUUCAUUCUGUUUUUUGUAUAACUUAUUUUUUAUUAUCAAUGUGUGUUCACUUUAGACAGUAAUAUAAAGCAAGUACAGUUGAACCAGAUUCUAAAGAUAGUUCAAGUCGAAUAAAGUCAGUGUAAUUUUGGUUUUGAUAAA